ACCCUAAAAUCUUUCGAAAUAAUUUGAGUAUUUUGUUUGUCCAGCCCACACAAAGCUGCCACUAGGAGGAGGAGAACGUAGAGUGAAAGAGAGGUUAACAAUAACAAUGGCGGCGACAGAGAGCACAGUAACUUCAAACCCUAGCAACAGAGAACGACCAAAGCCAAAGCCAAAGCUACUAGUCAUAACGGGCCCCACCGCUUCCGGGAAGUCGAAGCUAGCCGUUGAUUUGGCCUCCCACUUCCCCGUCGAACUCAUCAACGCCGAUUCCAUGCAGGUCUACCGCGGCCUCGAUGUUCUCACCAACAAACUCCCUCUCUCUCACCAGAACGGAGUUCCGCAUCAUCUCUUGGGUACCGUAAGCCCCAACGUGGAAUUCACUGCCAAAGCGUUUCGGGAUUCCGCUAUUCCCAUUAUUGAUGAUAUAUUGGCUCGUAAUCACUUGCCUGUUAUAGUUGGGGGCACUAAUUACUAUAUCCAGGCUCUUGUGAGUCCGUUUCUUUUAGAUGAUUCUGCAGAAGAUAUGGAUGAAAGCUGUUUGGGUGAUCCAACUGGGUCUGGUAACAAUUUCAUUGGUGAAAAUGACUGUUCAAACAAUAGUUAUGACCUGCUUAAAGAUAUUGAUCCAGUUGCAGCAAAUAGAAUCCAUCCAAAUAACCAUAGAAAGAUAAAUCAAUAUAUUAAUUUGUACAAUCGCACUGGUGUUCUUCCUAGCAAUAUUUUUCAAGGAAAGGCAGCAGAGAAGUGGGGUCAAGUUGAUAACUUAAGAUAUGAUUGUUGUUUUAUAUGUGUGGAUGCAUCUCUCCCUGUACUGGACAGAUAUGUAGAGCAGAGGGUAGAUUGCAUGAUGCAUGAGGGAUUACUCAAUGAAGUCUAUGGCAUUUAUAACUUGAAUGCAGUUUAUACUAGAGGUUUGCGGCAAGCCAUUGGUGUCCGUGAAUUUGAGCCUCUUCUUAGAACUUGUGUUGUCAAAGACAUGCAUGAAAGAGAGAGGGAAUUGACUGAAGGAUCCAGCAUAGAAAAGGGAGAGACAUUAUUUAAUCAUAAUUUGAUGGAGUUGGUGAGAUCUUCCUCUAAUACUGAAUCCACAAUUCUUUUGGAAGAAGCAAUUGAAAAAGUAAAGCUUAAUACCCGAAGACUUGUUCGCCGUCAGAAGAGGAUGCUCAGUCGACUGCAAACUCUGUUUGGUUGGAACAUACACUAUGUUGAUUCCACAGAAUCAAUAUCAAGCAAAUCAGAAGAUGUAUGGACCCGGCAAGUGGUUGAAUCUGCUGUGAAGAUAGUCAAAUCUUUCCUGAGUGAGAAUGGAACCAUCUUUGGGACGUCAAAUGACACGGGGAUGAAAAUAAUCCAAAGGGACCUCUGGACUCAAUACAUAUGCAAGGCCUGCGGAGAUCGUGUGCUUAGAGGAUUUCAUGAAUGGGAGCAACACAGACAAGGUCGAGGGCACCGAAAACGUAUAUCUCGUCUUAAGAGAAAGGCACAAGUUCCUGGUUUCGUGGAAGAGGUGAAGUAUUCUGUGUCUGAACAGUUAGAUAUUUAAAGUAAGAAAGAAUUUUAAGAUUAAAUGUUUUUCAUUCCUAAGAUUAUGAAUUUGUUUUAAUCUUUAUAUAAGUUUUCUUUUCUUUUCUUUUA